AUGACAUUAAUAUGCCCCGUCAUCCUAUAUGGAUCAGAAACAUGGGCUUCAAGAAAGAUAGAGGAAAUAAGAUUGGACACCUUUGAAAAAAUAGUUGUAAGACGAAUUUAUGGACCUUGUCUCGACACAGGAACCAAAGAAUGGAGAAUUCGAACCAAUGAGGAAGUAUAUAACUUGUUCCAAAGACCAAGUAUUUCAAAGGAAAUCGCAAAAAGAAGACUGAUGUGGGCAGGUCAUGCUUGGAGGAAAAAAGACGCUAUGAUAAGUACAACAAUUAAAGAGGAUCCGAAAGGAAAAAGACCACUAGGCAGACCACGCCUCAGAUGGGAAGACUGUGGGAAGAGAGAAGUAAAAGAAGUAGACCCAAGAGCAAACUGGAGAGAAAUAGCUGAAAACAGAACAAGGUGGAGGGAAAUUUGUUUUAAGGGAUGGUCUUAA